CAGAAGGCGGCAGAAGUGGCUCCUGAAUAGUCCGCUCUGCGCCUUUAUUUACUUUCUUUUUAUUUCCUGUUUUUGUCCCGAGCGAGUCUGGUGGUUCAUGUUCACAAAUGUUAGCGGUCGGGCAAAUGGAGGCUAACCGGCAGAGUGCUUUCGUCCUGGGCAGCACCCCGCUGGCGGCGUUGCACAACAUGACCGAGAUGAAGACGUCCCUGUUCCCGUACGCGCUGCAGCAGAGCCCGGCGGGCUUCAAGGCGCCACAUCUCUCCAGCCUCAACUCCCAGAUGACCGGAGGCACUCCGCACGGAAUAAGCGACAUCCUGGGGAGACCCAUCACCACGGCCGGGCAGCUGCUCUCCGGCUUCCCCCGGAUAAACGGCCUGGCCACCACGGCAGCCGCGGCGGCCGCGGGGAUGUACUUCAGCCCGGCGAUGUCGCGGUACCCGAAGCCCCUGGCUGAGCUGCCGGGGAGGGCGCCCAUCUUCUGGCCCGGGGUGAUGCAGGGCUCUCCCUGGAGGGACCCGCGGGUUCCCUGUCCCACUCAGACUAAUUUAAUGUUGGACAAGGACGGAAAGAAGAAACACUCCAGACCGACUUUUUCGGGACAGCAAAUUUUUGCACUGGAAAAAACUUUCGAGCAGACGAAAUACCUGGCCGGCCCAGAGAGAGCCCGGCUGGCUUACUCUUUAGGAAUGACCGAGAGUCAAGUCAAGGUCUGGUUCCAGAACAGAAGAACCAAAUGGCGGAAGAGACACGCGGCAGAGAUGGCCACGGCCAAGAAGAAGCACGACUCCGAGACGGAGAAGAUGAAGGAGAGCUCGGAUAACGAGGAGGACGACGAGUACAACAAACCACUGGACCCAAACUCAGACGACGAGAAAAUCACGAGACUGUUGAAAAAGCACAAGGCCACCAACCUGGCGCUCAUCAGCCCCUGCAGUAACAGCUCGGACACCUUGUGAUGCCCACAGCUGUGGGGGGCCCUAAGUACGGGGAGGGGGGCCCAAAAGGGUCCAACAGAGACUUGCCGCACUCUUUCUGACCCCCUUUCCACCUGACAUUACGAUCAUGCGCCUGAGGGGAUAGCAUUGUGCUCACACGGAGCAAGAAAAUGCGUAAAAGUGCCAAGACGCACGAAAGACGCGCUCAUCAAAACAUGGGCAGAGACGCAUUUGGCUGCAUCCAAACCCACUUACAGAGACUACAAACACGGAGAUAUGACUCCUGUCAGAACUGGACUUCAUGAAGACUGAUAAUGACGCGUUCACGUCAGAUAAAAGGACAAAAAUAAAUGGGACAGGAAAUUGUUUUGGCGACGCAAAUCAGUUUUUACGCAUACAAGUGGAGUUUUAA